AUGGAGGAGGAGAGCAUUAAGCAGAGCUCCAGGUCCUCUGAGGCAGCUGAAGAUGAGAAGGACCAGCGCACAGUGACAGUCAACCCCUCGCACAUGAGAAAGGCGUUCAAGGUCAUGAAUGAAUUGCGGAGCAAGCGGCUCCUCUGUGAUGUGGUGAUUGUGGCUGAAGCUGUGGAGAUGGAAGCUCACCGUGUGGUGCUCGCGGCCUGCAGCCCUUAUUUCUGUGCCAUGUUUACAGGAGACAUGUCUGAAAGUAAAGCCAAGAAGAUUGAGAUAAAAGACGUUGAUGGGCAGACCCUGAGGAAGCUGAUUGAUUACAUCUACACCGCUGAGAUCGAGGUCACGGAAGAGAACGUGCAGGUUUUGUUGCCAGCUGCUAGCUUAUUGCAACUGAUGGAUGUUAGAAAAAACUGCUGUGACUUCCUGCAGUCCCAGCUUCAUCCCACCAACUGCCUCGGAAUCCGAGCUUUUGCCGACGUGCACGCGUGUACGGAGCUGCUGCAGCAGGCAAACGCCUACGCAGAGCAGCACUUUCCUGAGGUGAUGCUAGGAGAAGAAUUUCUUAGCCUUAGUCUGGACCAGGUUUGCAGUUUAAUAUCAAGUGACAAGCUCACAGUCUCCUCUGAAGAAAAGGUCUUUGAAGCUGUUAUUUCUUGGAUAAACUAUGAGAAGGAAUCUCGCUUAGAGCACAUGGCUAAACUGAUGGAGCACGUCCGCCUGCCCCUCUUGCCCAGAGAUUACCUUGUACAGACAGUUGAAGAAGAAGCUUUAAUCAAGAAUAACAAUACCUGUAAAGACUUCCUCAUCGAGGCCAUGAAAUAUCAUUUACUUCCUCUGGAUCAAAGGCAACUCAUAAAGAACCCCAGAACAAAGCCAAGGACUCCUGUUAGCCUGCCAAAGGUGAUGAUCGUGGUGGGUGGGCAAGCACCCAAAGCCAUUCGCAGUGUGGAGUGCUAUGAUUUUGAGGAGGAGCGGUGGGAUCAGGUUGCUGAGCUUCCCUCGAGGAGAUGCAGAGCAGGUGUGGUGUUUAUGGCUGGCAAUGUGUAUGCAGUUGGGGGCUUUAAUGGCUCUUUAAGGGUACGGACAGUGGACGUGUAUGACGGCGUGAAGGACCAGUGGACGUCCAUAGCCAGCAUGCAGGAGAGGCGAAGCACCCUGGGGGCAGCUGUGCUCAAUGAUCUCCUGUAUGCAGUGGGCGGCUUCGAUGGCAGCACUGGUCUGGCAUCAGUUGAGGCCUAUAGCUAUAAAACCAAUGAGUGGUUUUUUGUGGCUCCCAUGAACACAAGAAGAAGCAGUGUUGGAGUUGGAGUUGUGGAGGGGAAGCUGUACGCCGUGGGGGGCUACGACGGAGCGUCCCGGCAGUGCCUUAGCACCGUGGAGCAGUACAACCCUGCCACCAACGAGUGGAGCUACGUGGCCGACAUGAGCACGCGGCGCAGUGGCGCAGGAGUUGGUGUUCUCAGUGGGCUGCUGUACGCGACCGGAGGCCACGACGGUCCCUUAGUGAGGAAGAGUGUGGAAGUCUAUGAUCCAGGGACAAACACCUGGAAGCAAGUGGCAGACAUGAACAUGUGUAGAAGAAAUGCAGGUGUGUGUGCAGUGAAUGGGCUCCUCUAUGUGGUGGGAGGAGAUGAUGGUUCCUGCAACUUGGCCUCGGUGGAAUACUACAACCCCAUCACAGACAAGUGGACAUUGCUACCCACCAGCAUGAGCACAGGGAGAAGCUACGCAGGUGUGGCUGUGAUCCAUAAACCCUUGUGA